AUGAGUAAAUUCUAUGAAUUAAAGCCAUUAGAUGCUAAAAAGCAAGCAUACCCAUUUGAAGAAUUAAAGGGUAAAGUUGUACUUAUAGUUAAUGUUGCCUCUAAAUGUGGAUUCACCCCACAAUAUAAGGAAUUAGAAGAAUUGAAUAAAAAAUAUGCUGAUAAAGAUGUUCAAAUUUUAGGAUUCCCUUGUAAUCAAUUUGGUGGUCAAGAACCAGGGAAUGCCGAAGAAAUUGCUAGUUUUUGUACAUUAAAUUAUGGAGUUACAUUCCCAGUUUUAAAUAAAAUUGAAGUCAAUGGUGACAAUGUUGAUCCAGUUUACAAGUUUUUGAAAGGUGAAAAGUCGGGAUUAUUAGGAUUGAAUAGAAUUAAAUGGAAUUUUGAGAAAUUCUUAGUUGAUAAGAAAGGGAAUGUAGUUGAAAGAUAUUCAUCAAUUACUAAACCUAGCUCUAUUGCACCAAAGAUUGAUGAAUUAUUGGCCCAAUAG